AUGGAGGCGCAGGCGUCUCCCAGAUUCAUCCUUCUCGGGCGCAUCCUCCGCCCGCUCGUCGUGUCGCUCUUCCUCCUCUCCUACCUCUUCUUCUUCCACGGCAUCCUAUACCCCAUAGUGGAUAUCAAAGCGGGGAGCUUCGCCAUUCCGGGGUCAGGCAUUGUAGACCAGCGCAUGACGAUGCCUGAGACGCUGCAGAACUUGUGGGCGGACAGGGAAAUUCUCCCAGUCGCACUGAUCUUCACGUUCUCUCUCUUCGUGCCCUGCCUCAAGCUCCUCCUCUUCUGCCUGGCGGUCGUCUUCGCGCCGCCCUCGCUGCAGAAGGAGGCAGGCGAACCCGCGGAGGCAGAGAAGGUGAGCACGGUCGCUGGUCACCCGCGCGACUGCGAGGAGGAACUGGACGCGGGCGGAGACGAAGAAGUUCUUAGGCGACGCAGACGCUUGCGGGCGGCCUCGGCAGCAGCGACAGGAGACACCAGGCGCCUGUGGGGCGGAGAGCGCGAGGCACGCGCGACGCAGGCGACGCAGGACGGCGUGCACACGACGGCCUCUCCGCCCCGCUGCGCUGCACCGAGUCGCGCAUGCAGCAGGGGCGUGGAGAGCGAAGGUCUCUCCCGCGCAAGCUCCUGUGCGGACAUGUCCCUCGGCUGCCCCCCUGAGGACGCGUUUUUCUCCCUGCGUCCGACUUCUUUUUCGUCGCAGAGCGAGGCGGAGAGGAGGGGAGAGGCGGAGGCGCGGGAGCGGCGCGGCUGGUGUCUGGGGGGGGGGGACUGA